UUUCGCUACACGAUAUGCGCUUGCGAUUCCCGCGGUGCGCACGCGGUCUUGUCACACAUCUAUAUAUAUCGCGCGCGAGAAAUGAGACGUUACAGUCGCGCGGUUAAGUGACCAUAAGGAGCUGCUGUCAAGUGUCGGAAGUAAUCUAGUUUAUUAAUUCACAAUGCCGCCUCAAGGGCAACCCCCAGCCUGGGUGCUAGAUGAGUCCGACGCCGUCACCGAAGACAAAGAUGUGGCCACCCCAGCCCCGGAGGCCGAGAAGAGAAAACUGCAGAUCGUGUGGAGAAAUGUCACCCUGUUCGUGUUCCUGCAUAUCGGGGCGCUGUACGGCGGAUAUCUGUUCUUUACUAAGGCUAUGUGGACCACGAGGAUUUUCACCGUGCUACUGUACAUCAUGUCCGGUCUGGGCAUCACGGCGGGAGCGCACAGGUUAUGGGCACACAAGUCGUACAAGGCGCGCCUGCCUCUGAGGCUACUGCUUACGCUCUUCAACACCAUUGCCUUCCAGGAUUCUGUGUUGGACUGGGCGCGUGACCACCGCAUGCACCACAAAUACUCCGAGACCGAUGCUGACCCGCACAACGCCACUCGUGGCUUCUUCUUCUCGCACGUUGGCUGGCUAUUGGUGCGAAAGCAUCCGCAAAUCAAGGCCAAGGGACACACCAUUGAUAUGAGCGACUUACUGGCCGAUCCCGUGCUGCGCUUCCAGAAGAAAUACUACCUAACCCUGAUGCCGCUAUGCUGCUUCAUCCUGCCUUCAUACAUUCCCACUCUCUGGGGUGAAUCCCUCUGGAACGCCUACUUCGUCUGUGCUAUCUUCCGUUACUGCUACGUCCUCAACGUCACCUGGUUGGUCAACUCCGCCGCCCACAAGUGGGGAGACCGUCCUUACGACAAAAACAUCAACCCUGUCGAAACCAAGCCCGUAUCUCUGGUCGUAUUUGGCGAAGGCUUCCAUAAUUAUCAUCACACAUUCCCUUGGGAUUAUAAAACUGCUGAGUUAGGAGGUUAUUCUCUCAAUCUGUCCAAGCUCUUCAUCGAUACUAUGUCUAAAAUCGGAUGGGCGUAUGAUCUGAAAUCUGUAUCUCCUAAUAUUGUGGAGAAAAGAGUGAAGAGAACGGGUGAUGGUAGCCACCAUGUUUGGGGAUGGGACGACGCGCCUUCUGAGCAGAAGGUGGCGGCGACUAUUGUCAACCCCGACAAGACUGAAUGAACUGAUUAGAUCGGUUGACAAUAUGAGAAGUCUGUAUAGUAAUGUGAAGAUUACCUUAGUGUAGGUGUAUCUGCUAAUUAGCACCAUUUAACUAUAAAAAAAAAAUUAAUUUUCGUCGGGGGAUGUUUGGGCCCUUUUAGGAUUCCUUUUUUAUACACCUUGAGCCUAGUGACCUUAGCCAUUGGACAAACCCUGAAAUCCCACGUAGGGUUACGUCUCACGGAAUGCUCUUCAAAUAUUUUUUUAAUUAGAACAAAAUAAAAAAAAUUUUUUUUAACAAAAGUUACUUGCAAUAAUCGACAACAAAAAGAAACACACUGUGUUAAUCUUUGGCAGUGUUUUUGACAAUUUGUUCGAAAUAUUUGAUAAUGAUGACAUUUUUAAAAGUCAGAAGUUUAUGAGUGUCAUAAAUAAAAAAGAUAAUCAAAGAGGUCGAAUAAGGUGCCAUACUAUUCUUUGAGGAUAUUACCUUAGGAGCUUCUUACAUACAGGCUGCUCCAAAGUAAAAAUGGUAAUUUGUUAAUUUCUUCGAAACCGCUACACCGGUUGUUAUGAUACUUUGUACACUGGUUCUAAAAUAUUCUAAAUACCCUAAUGUAUAUGUACACUUCGGCUUUGUCCAAUGGCCAGGGACAUACUGUAUAACACUGGAACUGUUUAAAAGUGGUUCAACUUGGACAAAAAAAAUGUUAUCUCCACAAGGAUCCCUUUAUUUUAUUAUGAAGUAGUAAUCUAUGUGCCAAAUUUGAACUCACUUGAUAAUCAUUUAGCGGUCGCUAUGUUUUUGUGACUUGCAAUAGUUUCAUACAAAUAAAAAAAGACAACGCCAAGAGCCAUCAAAAGCAUCUCCAAAAAGCAAAAUGAUUGAUGGGUUAAUUUAUUUUCAUACACUUUUCUGAUAGAAAAAUGGCUCUAAACGGUGUUUAAUUGCUCCAAAUUUUAUAUGAAAUUUUCUUUGUGUUUUUUGUGUGUAUCUUAGAUAGAAAAAAACCUUGUGGAAAAUAAAAAGUCAUGACUUUAUAUAACGUUAUACUGAGGCCUAGACUAGCAAGAACUUGCACGCAAUUUAUCUUACAUUGCCGACUACUAAAGUAGACUGCAUUCAAAAGUUUGAUCAAAUACCGCAAUGUAAUGAGAAGUAUUGCUGGUCUAGACCUCGCUUAUGGACCAUCGUAGUAUGUACCUAUCCGUUGGCAUUUGUAUUUAUAUAUUUACAAUACACAUACAUAUACACAUACACAUACAUACACACACAUACAUACACACACAUACACACACACACAUACAUACACACACACAUACACAUGUAUACAUAGUUAAAUAGUGUUAAUAUGACUCACGAUACUUUAAAUGUUUAAAUUAAACUAUUGUAGAGUAGCUGUUUACACUUAGCUAUUAAUUAUUGUGACGAUUUGUGAUAAUUAUUUGUCGAUAAUAUUUAGUUUAUUUAUUUAGGAUUAGGAGUUACCAAAUAUUAAUUAACAUUUAAUGUAUAAUUUAUCUGCACGUAACACUGUUAGCUGUGAAAACAUUAGUUUUAAGGAUUGUGCUCAAUAAAUACGUUCUGAAAGACCAA